AUGGCGACUUCUUCGUAUAGAAUAGGCGUUGAUGUGGGCGGCACAAACACCGAUUGUGCUAUAAUCGAUGUUACAGCUACCGACAAUACGUCGCGGGGUGUGUGUGCUUCUUGCAAAACACCAACCACGCCGGAUGUUACCUCUGGAAUUUAUACAGCUAUUAUCAAUGUAUUGGCCAAGUCAGAGGUCAAUCGAAAAGAUGUCCAAAGUGUCGCUAUUGGCACGACACACUUUGUCAAUGCGGUCGUAGAAGCUGAUCCGCGUCGACUCAGUAAGGUGGCGGUGGUCAGACUUUGUGGCCCAUUCACAAGAGCCAUUCCUCCUUUCACUGACUUCCCACAACGACUACGAGAGAUCAUGGAAGGGCCAAUUUUCUAUCUUGAUGGCGGUCUCGAAAUAGAUGGACGGGAAAUUUCCGCCAUCUCUCCCAACCAGAUCAAAGAUACAGUUGCCGAAAUCAAAAAGGCCGGCAUCUCCACCGUAGCCCUUGUUGGCGUGUUCUCACCUCUGGACCAUCAAGGAACCCAGGAGGAAGCUUGCAAGAAGAUGAUGCUUGAACUCGACCCGUCCUUGUCGGUCGUCUGCUCAUCUAAAAUAGGAAAUGUUGGACUUCUCGAACGAGAGAAUGCGACAAUACUAAAUGCCUCCAUUCUGAGCCUGGCCCGAAAGACCGCCCGCGCCUUUUGCAAGGCUAUGAAGGAUCUUCAACUGCAUUGCCCCUUAUUCUUGACGCAAAACGAUGGUACCCUUACAGACGCAGCCACCGCGGCUGAACUCCCGAUCAAGACUUUUGCCAGUGGACCAACAAACAGUCUCACUGGAGCUGCAUAUCUCGCAAAUCUGGAUCGAGGAAUGGGAAAUGAAGAAAUCGCUGCAGAUACUCAGAUUCUCGUCAUGGAUAUCGGAGGAACCACAACCGACGUUUGCGCUUUAUUGCCAUCUGGCUUUCCACGGAAAGCGCCGAACUUUGUUGAGGUUGGCGGAGUGAGGACAGCGUUCUCCAUCCCCGAGGUAUUGUCCGUAGGGUUGGGUGGAGGUAGUCUUGUCCGAGUAGAUGAAGCCUUGGAUACUGUUGCUGUUGGACCGGACUCGGUUGGUCAUCGGCUCGGAAGUGAUGCAUUGGUGUUCGGUGGUAAUAUCAUGACAUCCACGGAUAUCGUUGUCGCGAGUGGCAAUGCAGACCUUGGUGAUGCGUCCAAGGUCAAGCACAUUCCUGACACAGUGCUUGUCAAAGCACGAGACAAAAUUAAGAGAAUCUUGGAACGCACCAUCGAUGAUAUGAAGAUCUCUGAUCUGCCCGUGACUCUCCUUCUCGUGGGUGGUGGCUCUAUUGUUUGCGCGGAAUCUCUUAAUGGUGUGGCCAAAUGUAUAAUUCCACCUCACCAUGAUUCUGCUAAUGCUGUUGGAGCGGCAAUCGCUAAGGUUUCUGGAGAGAUAGAUGUCAUUGAGAUCCUGGAGAACCGAGACGAGAGAGCCGUGGUAGAAGCAGCCAAGCAGCAAGCCAUCCAGGCUGCGAUCGCGCGCGGAGCUGACAAGGAUGAUGCUAAAGUCGUUGAGGUGGAAAAAAUUCCACUUCAGUAUGUAACAAACAAGGCGAUAAGGCUAGUUGUUAAGGCUGUCGGCAAACUCAGCACCGCAAAUUUUGAAGGAAAUUCAGUAUCAGACCAGUCGGCCAACACAGACUGGAUGUCAAAUGAUCAAGAGAUAUCGAACCAGCAAACGGGCGACCAGAAAGCUUCAGCAACACCAAAGGAUGCUACUUUGCCGGCGUCCACAAAAGAUUUGACUCCUAUCCAAUUUGAUUCUUACAAGCCAGAGGUUGUGAACAACGUAUGGUAUCUCUCCGCCAUUGACCUGGAAUUCAUUGCUACUGGUACUGGAGUUCUCGGCACAGGCGGAGGAGGCCCCUCAUAUUUGCAGUAUCUUCAGUGCCUUCACUGGCUGCGAUCUCCGGAAUCGAAAGGACGUAUGAGAGUCGUGGCACCAGAGUACAUGAAGGACACGGAUGUAUGUGUGUUUGGAUCCUGGUACGGCGCACCAAGUGUCUCCAGCGAACGACUCCCGGCCGGAACGGAAAUUAUGACGGCCAUUAAUUACUCCGUCCAGUUGUCGAAGCACUCGCACUUUGAGGCAGUCAUCGCAGAUGAGAUUGGUGGUGGCAAUGGGAUGUCAACAUUUCCAACCUCCAGCUUCUAUGACAUCCCAGUUAUUGAUGGUGAUUUGAUGGGACGUGCAUAUCCCACAAUGGAGCAUGGAACACCAUACGUCUACGGAUAUCCGAUAACCCCUUGCACUUUAGCGGAUGCUAAGCAGAAUGUUGGCGUUGUGAUGAAUGCCGAAUCCAACAGUAGGGUUGAAGGAAUGCUGAGAUCUCAAUGCGUGAAUCUCGGGCUCAAAACUGCCGUCGCCGCUGUUCCCUUGAGCUGCGAUAUCAUCAAAGAAUAUUGCAUUCCGAACACAGUUUCCCAGGCAUGGUAUAUCGGCCGGGCGGUCCACCAAGCCCGUAGAUCAAAGACUGAUAUCGUGAAGUCGAUAUUCGCUACCUCGCCCGGAAAGCUGUUAUAUAGCGGCAAAAUCAUCGACGUCAAAAGAGAUGUUAGUCGAGGGUACACCAUGGGCCAAUGUACCAUUGAGCCCUUGACCGGUGACGAAAUAGAAAAUAUCAGCACUACUCAGUCCACGGAUGAACAAAAAGAGAAGCGCUGCAUAGUCAUCCCCUUCCAAAACGAAUUCUUAUACGCAGCGUAUGUUGACAACGCAAUCGAUGCAGAUGAUGCAUCAAAGCACGAUGUCAUCUGUACGGUGCCAGAUCUCAUCUCCGUGCUAGGAGCGGAUGGAGAGGCCAUUGGAUCUCAGGAAUUGCGAUAUGGACUCAGAGUGGAUGUGAUCGCUAUGGCAGCACAUCCUUUAUGGACGGGGGAUGAGAGAGGCUUGAGAGUUGGGGGACCCCAGGGAUUUGGGUUGGACAUGGAGUUUAAGAGUCUGGGCCCUUAUCAGAGACCGAGGAGUGUGAUUGAAGAGUUUAAUAACAUGUAG